CAUUCGCUAGGACGCCACAAAGAAGAUGGCCGCCUCCACGCCGGUUGCAAUAGCGCCUUGCGGAGAAUUCCCCGACGAGAUUAAGGAACAAGCCCGGGCCUUCCAUUCAGCUCUGAUAAAUGUCAAAGAGACACUGAGCCCGCUUCUUUCAACAAAUCAAGAUGUUGUGACUGAAGAGUUAUCUCCAUUGGACAAGGCACGGCUGGAUCUGACACUCCUGUACAGUCUAAACUCGCUCUUUUGGAUGUACCUCUGCACGGUCGGAGACGACCCCAAGCAGCACUCGGUGCGACGGGAAUUGGAACGUGUGAAGGAGUACAUGACGCGGGCCAAGCAGAUUGCCGACAAAGCCAAGGCGCCUAAGUUGGUCGCCGGCGCUGCCCAACGCUUUGUGCGCAAUGCCCUCUGGACACCCUCGGAUGAGAGCCAGAAAGACGGCCAAGAGCCGCCACGGAAAAAGCGCCGGUGAUCAUCCGGACAUCUUUCCUGUUGGAGACAGUGCAUGCCACGUGGAGCAGCUUCAUCUUCGUAGCAGCAAGGAAGAGGCCUGCCUGCACAGUUGGCAACAUCGUGGGGACCACGAGCACAAAAUGGCCAUCAAAGCACCUCGCAAUAGGCCAAAUCUAAAUGUUGAUCUGUAGUAGCAGAACAAGAAUUGAGUUGUACAACCUUGUUGUAUAACUUCUGUGUUGUGUACAGUGUUCUACGCUGCACAUUGUUUCAUUUCAAAUGUCGACCCUUGACUUAUCGUGCCACGAAUGAGCUGGGUUUGUCUGCGCGUUUCUGGAAAAAAUGGCCAAGAAUGUGCUCAGCUCGUUGACAACAUUUUCAAUUUCUAGUCAACGAUACUUUAUCUUAUGUAAUGCUGUUAAGCUUUGAUUUUGCGAUAAAUGGUUGAGAUUUGUAUAAAUAAGCACUUAAAGUAGCGUCUGACUUUUUCUCAUAAAGGAUAGUGCAGUGAAUAAUUCGGCCAUUUGUGGUUAGGAUUGUGGGUAUUAGUGUUGCAUGUAAAGAGUGAAUAUCGUCAUGCAAAGGUGCUUCAUCCUCAACAGCUGAUACUGGUGUUUGUCUUAAAAACAGUCUAAACAGUUGUGCAUGUUCAGGAUCAGUGAGUGAAAUGGGGUCAGCCUAAGGGGCUGUCACUGGCACAGUUUAGCUAUGGCAGCUGCACUGUACUUUGUCAUCUGUCAGCCAAGAAGCUCUGCUAGUUACAGCUGAACCAUGGGGCUUUCUUGUUUUGUAUAACAAUUUUUUCCCACUUCAUGCCGAUAUUACUCAAGGAGACAUGGAAACAAUCAGGUGGAAACAGCAUAAUGUGUGCAGUUAGAUGUAAACUAGAAAGAGACCGUUGUAUUCUCAUGAAUCUAGCAUGACCAUCAAAUGUAACACAAGGUAUGAACUACUUUGUCUAAAAGCAUUAUGAAUUUAUCAUGUUCCAUGAAGUGUGAUGGUGAUUGAGUGACACUAGUGCCAGCGGCAAAGAGGCAUGGCUCAUGUAACAAAGUCGCAUAACAUCAAGCAGUAGUUUGCAGCCCAAGCCGGCAGCCGCAGGCCAGACUUUUUCUGGAAUUAAAUUUGUUGGUUGUUUAUUCCUUGGCUUGGGGGUUACAUGAAAAUUAUUUUGUUUCAUGUUCAAUUGUUUUCAUAGUAUGAUCAUGUCUACGUCAUCAAAGUAAAUAAAUUUUGUACUUGUAAAA